UCGAAGGGCUGUCCGACCGACUCCGCUCGACUGUACUUCCGGUAAAUGAGGUCAAAAUGAUAAAGAGGCUCCCCGCCUAAAGGACUUCCGGCAUGCGGAACUUCCCUUCGCUUUGUAUUGAUUGGUUCAUAUCCGACCAAUGAGUGGCGGCCGAACAGCCACCAAACACAUUUUCAAUUUGAAAUCCAAACGGCUACGGGACAGGAGUGUGUUGGGGUGUUUUAGGAUCGUAGUUCUUAAUUUCGUAUAUAAGUUUGUGCUGUCUCAGGAAGAUUCAAAGAAGAUCUAUGAACAAAGAGAAUACAACAUCCCGCCUCCCAGUUAUGUCUGGGAAACGUGCACUCACCAAUAGCACGGAUGGGGAACAACAACAGCCUGCACAGAAGAAAAUGCGUAAGGUGGACGCAGAGCCACAUCAGAGGUUCAAACCUGCUAGUGUUGUGCCUCCAAGACGACCUGUGCCGGUCAAAGCUCCUGCCAAACCUCUACGUCCAACUGGAGCUGCAACGGUGGCUGUUGCCCCAUCAAGAGGUGACCAAAAAAGACCAAUCGCAGCAGUUGCUAAAGUAACUACAGGUAUGUCCCGAAGACCAGGUUGGGACCUAAAGGGCAAAGUCAGUGACAUGGAGGCCAAGGUCCAGAACUAUCAGAGCAAAGUAAAAUCUAUAAAUCAUGAGAACGAUACUCUGAAAGAAUCCAUUAACAAAGUUCAUAAACGCGAAGCUGAAAUUAAAGAGGAGAACAUUGGUCUCAAAAAGCGCCUCAGGAACUGUGAAGAAGAGCUGGUAAAGUUGGCUACUGUGAGAGAUGACCUGGAGCAGACCUCAAAAGAGAGAGAUGAUUUCCAAAAAAAUCUCAACAGGCUAACUGAGGAGCACAAGGUUUUGGAGGGACUCCGGGACCAUCUGGAGUCUGAGCUCCGUAAUGUACAGACUCAGCUCUCCAUUCAGACGUCUGCACUGGGCCGGUGUCAGGACAGUUUGAAGGAGAAUCAGGAGAUGGUCAGGAACCUUGAAGAGAUAGUGGCCCAUCAACGAGAAGAGCUCCAUUUUGGAGAAAUGGAGCGAAGGAAACUCCACAACACCAUUCAGGAACUGAAGGGCAACAUCAGAGUCUUUUGUAGAGUCCGCCCACUUCUGAACGGCAAUCAAUCUGAUAUUCUGCAUAUCCAGUUGCCAGCCCAUGACAACAAAGCGCUCACACUUGCCAAAAUGGAGGAGUCACACACCGGUCGCACAACUGACACACAGAAAAGCUAUAACUUCAGCUUCGACCGUGUGUUUGGGCCACGCACUGCUCAAAAAGGCGUUUUCGAAGAGAUUUCCCUGCUGGUGCAGUCGGCUUUGGACGGGUACAACGUUUGUUGCUUUGCUUAUGGACAGACCGGCAGCGGUAAGACUUUCACCAUGGAAGGAGGCGAUCUGGAGGAAUCGUGGGGUGUUAUUCCUCGUGCUGUCAAACAGAUAUACAAGUCUGCCAAAGCGCUCGGUGAGCAAGGGUGGAAGUACAGUUUCACCGCCAGCUUUGUGGAGAUCUACAACGAGACCCUUCGAGAUCUUCUGUACACAGGAAAACCAAACAAGAGACCGGAACAUGAGAUCAGGAAGGUGUCCAACACGGAGAUCACAGUCACCAACCUGACCUACCAAAAAGUCAACAAUGAAGAUGAGGUGCACAACUUGAUCAUGUUGGCAAACCAAAACCGCUCGACUGCCCGCACCUGCAUGAACGAUCACUCCUCUCGUUCUCACUCUGUGUUCCAGCUAGACAUAGAGGGAGAGAAUGUCGCUCGAGACACCAAAUGCAAAUCCAUAUUGUGUCUGGUGGAUUUGGCUGGUAGUGAGCGAGUGCAGAAGAGUCAGUCACAAGGAGAACGCUUUAAAGAAAUGACAGCCAUCAACUCUUCCCUCACUAACCUGGGGAUUGUGAUUGCAGCUUUGGCAAACAAGGACAGCUUUGUUCCCUAUCGUAACUCAAAGCUCACCUAUCUUCUGCAGAACUGCCUUGGAGGCAACAGCAAAACUUUGAUGUUUGUCAAUAUAUCACCCGAGGAAGAGAGCUUCGGGGAGAGUCUGAAUUCUCUGCGCUUUGCCAGCAAGGUAAACGACUGUGUCAUUGGAACAGCCUCUGCUAAUCGAAAGUAGUCUAGCCAUCAUAUUCGCUUUUUUCUAUAUGCUCAAUUCUACUGUUGUCUUUUUUGUAAAUGUUUUAAACUUUUUAUCUGGUCUUCUUACUUGUUCCAUCUUAACUCUCAUCCACUUUGCUUUGUGAAAUUUUUAUACAUAUAUAUAUGAUGUGUUUUAAUGUACAAUCUCAUUGGCAGACACAUUUUAUCUAUUUUUCAAUGCAUAUUGUUCGUAAACUUGUAAGUGAACUCAAUAAAUUUUCCAUUUUGGCAUGUAA